UUUCACAAGUCGAUGGACACGGUCAAAAGUAAUAAUACAAAUUUCCCGCACGCUUGCAGUUUACAACGCGCGCACCGGCGUCACAUCAACAACUCAGCGCGCGCCAUCGUUCGCUUUGAUCGACUUCGUGUUGAACGUCACUCCAUUUUUCAAUCGAUCACUUAGGAGAGAAACGCGUAAGCAUUUCUGGGAGUUCCUUCUACGGAAACGAUGAAACCGAAAGUUACCUGCGACAGGAGCAGGCAGGUCACGCGGCCUUACAGUCACAAUGGACGAGCAUUGGCACGUGUGUGACUGGACCUCCGAGGAAAUGAAAACGAUUCUAUCGUCGUUCAAGAAAAACUGUACCUUUGAAGACUUUAACACACAGAAUGGCAAGACUUCGGGUCAGCCGGAAGCGCAUCGCCAUCACGCCAGCUACAUGAACUACGUCGUGCGAUUGCGCCUCCAGACGGCGCCACCGCUGGGUUUCAUCGUCAAAAUGGCGACUCCCUUGAUGCAGUGUUCACACAACCCUUUGCCAGCGGCUGUGGAGAGAGGAGCGAUCGAGUACAAGGCCUACAAAUUUUUCGAAAAGCUUGUCCGAGGCUGUGUUCCCUCUCCUGUAUUCUACGACGGACAAACACGCUGCUUGUGCACUCGCGAGCUGAUUGACCACCGACCCCUGGUGAAUGUGGUGUUACAAGGCGGCUUCAGCCAACUCGGUGCCCAGUCCCUGGGUGCAUGCCUGGCUAAUAUCCACUCCUCCACUCACAUCCUCAACAUCGGAGACGAGGGGCUGUGGGAUCUUGAACAGCAAUUUCCGACUUUCCAGUCUAUGAUAGACAUUAUUCGCCUAUUCCACUACGAGAGACCGUUCGAUCCCAGUGACCCAGGGAAAGCGUGUGACCCUGCUGUAACAUCACUGCUCACCUGCGUUUACCAAGAUAGCACGGUCUUGGAGGCGGUCCAGCAGGUGAAACGAUCAUUCAUCAAGGACAAAGAGUGCCUCAUUCACGGCGACCUUCACAUCGACUCCGUCGUCUCUCAGGGUGACGACUUCAAGCUGGUGGACGCGGAGUUUGCACGUGUCGGUCCGUGCGCGUACGACGCUGGUUUGCUGCUUGCCACCCUGCUACUCGCCUUCUAUCGUCUCCUGCACGACCACGACCGUCGGGAAGUGUUCUCUAGUUCCGGCGAGCAGACAGGGAAGUGCGAGCUUCCGGGCUCAGUACAGCAAAGGUCGCUAAACUCACACGCCUUUUCCAGCGUACACCUCGCACAUUGUGUUCUUAAUAUGUGUGAGGCAGUGUUGGGAGAGUAUCUAUCGAUAAUGACCAAAAACCUCAAGCAGGACACACGUUUCUCAGAAAAACUCCUGCAGGACAUUUUGGCGUUUACAGGAAUCGAGAUGCUUGGAAACAUCAUCGGACCUCCCCACUUUGCCUUCAUGGACGGCCAUGCACAAGCCCAGGUGGCGGCUGUGACCUCUGCCAUGACACUCCUGAAACGUCGUCAUUGCCUCAAGUCUGCUGCCGCCGUCGUCGAGCUGCUACAACCCUCUGAUGCCUGGACACUGAACGGUUGUUGAAUACAGGGAUUGUGAUCAGUGACGAGAACAAGUGUUUGUAAUUUAUAAAUAAAGACAUGUCUUUGUGUAGUGCGGGUGUAUGGAUAAUAGCAAUGAGUUUACAGAAAACAAAUAUUAAAAAAGAGACAAAAA